CUGAGAAAGCGGGAAAGACUUGGAAGGGAAGGGAAGGGGAGCAAGGGGACCGGGGAGAGAUGGCGCCCUCGACUGACAGAGAGGUGGACCUGCUUCUCUCGAAGCUGCGAAAGAUUCAGGCUGCAGUGGGAGGGUCAGACGAGGAGCGCGCGCUACGAAGGAAGAAGAGGAAGUCAAAGGAGGAUGACCGCUUCAAUGCCGUGAAGUCGGCCAUAAUCAAGAGGCUAGGUGAUACCUGCGAUUUGCUGGCGAAGGAGCCGGCUAGCAAGGACCCUACGGCGGUCAUCCAGAAGAAGAACGCCGUCCAGUCCAACCUGCGGGCGUUGGAGGAGAACUGGAAACAGCUGGACUCGGCGUACCAGGCGGAGAAGAGCAAACGGAGGAGCAAGAUCACGCGAGAGGAACUGGAGAACCAGCGCCAGCUGCUGGUGGACCUCCGACACGAGAUCGGAGAGCUCAAGAGCAUCCACCAGGCGGGGGUCGUGGGGGCCAAGGGAGGGGGGACGCGGGGGGGCUACGGGACGGCGAUGCCCGCAUCGGAGUUCUUCAAGCAAGAGGCACGAACAGGAGGUACGACGUCCGUUGCGGAGGCGCCCCCGCCGGGGAAGCUCACCUCGGAGCAGCACGUCCGAAUCCAGCAGAUCCGCGACCGCAAGAAGGAGAUGGAGGACAAGUACCUCACGGUGGUGGAGGAGCACGUGGACAGGCUCGGGGAGAUGGCCAAGAACAUCCAGGAGGAGCUGCAGAUCCAGGACCGGAUGGUGGACGACCUGGGCAACCGGAUCGACACGGCCCAAGAGCACGUUGCGAACGUCAACAUGCGGAUGAAGGAGGUCCUCAAGAACGUCCGUUCGGCAGACAAGUUCUGCAUGGACAUCAUGUGCAUUCUCCUGCUGCUUGGCAUGAUCGCCGUCCUCUACGCAGUGGUGAAAGAGACGUGAUGAUGAUGAUUUACGUCUUUCCUUUUCGGAGAUUCGGUGGCCGGUUCUCCGACUUUCGGGGUAGAAAUCGCAUCUACCAGCGGUUUUGUGCUUUGGGAUCGAUCGCCUCGGAAAAAAACAAAACAAAGCUCUCGUUACGGUGCGCAGGCACUAAAAGAGUGGAACAACAGCGAGUUUGAAAUCAUGUCACCACCCCGCACGCUCGUUUCGUGCGUGUGCGUAGGUGUUUAGACUUUUCAUUGUGGGCUGUUUUUAUUUUUAUUUUUGUUUCUUUUUUUCUUUCUCGCGCUUUUUAUUGGAUCUGAGAGACCCGUGCGUUCGGGAACAAGGAACGCGAGGGCUAAGUUAUACUAGUUGUAGUACUGGGAUGCAUGCAUGCAUGCGUGCGUGGGGUUGAGUCGUUAGGUAUCGCGUUGCACGAGAGGAACAUGAUGGAGCAGUGUGCUACCGCUUUGGUUGUUGGUUUGUUGUUGUUGUUGUUGUUGUUGUUGUCGCUGCUGUUUGUUUUCGAAAAGUCUUGGAUCAGAGAAAUCAAGUUAAACCCGACUCCCCCCGCACCGCCCCCUCAGGGGGCUCCGCGGUUAGGCGCCCGGCGUUCGAACGGACCCCGUUGUUUUGGUGUCAUGGCACCGUUUUCGUUUUUUCUAGGCCUUCGUGUUGGGUGACGGUGGGGGAUUUCGGGUGUGGUGCGGUUGUGUUGCGCCACUAUUGUUUCUUUUUCGGGCUUCUUUGGUCAAGCCCUCCCUCCCGUCUCGAAAUGCGGUAUUCUCUUUAUCUCGUGUGUGCGUGUGGGUGUCCGUUUUGUGUCUCGUUCAGUAUCCCCUUCCUCUCUGCCUGUCUCUCUCUUGAACGGACACCGUCGUUUUUCUUUUUUUUUUGCGCAAGUGAUGAUUCUUUUGUUUUCUUUUUUCUCUUUUCGAUCUGUGUACAAUGCAUCUCCUUCUCCUCGAUCUUCCUCUAAGUGGUUUGUAGGGAGGGGGGUCGAUCGGUGCAAGAAGACAGGGGGGUUCGCUCGUGCGCGUGUGCUAGUGGGCAUGUAGCCUCUGGGUUGAUGCGUUGUGGCCGCUUGAGGGAUUUGGCUGCCGAGCGACUGAUGCUGAUUUGUUCGUUUGUAGUUCCAUGCCGCGCGUAUCGUAUGGUUUCGUAUGCAUGUGACCAACAACACAAAGGUAUACAGCAGAGAGAGAGAGAGAUAAUGCGAACGUAGAGAUCAUCGGCAUAAUAUGGGGAGUUCGGC